UUGGUUCCGAAGAAAAAGCAAUAAUAUAUCCGAAACAACAGGUAUUAUUUAAUUGCGAUACGAUAAUAAAUAACGGACUAACAAUUUAAGGUAUGGAAAAAAUAAUUGGAUUACAAAUUAUUGUGUUCAUGAUUGUUAAUGUUAAUGGUAACCCCUGUUUGAAGUCCAGUUCAGAAUGCCAGGAAAUACGUAUGCCGCUAGUAUCAAACGAACUGAAGGCCCCCCUAGUAGCCGAAUUGGAUAUUUCUGCAAUGAACAAACAAUUAAAAUCUUACAUAAGUGAUGACAUACAAUUAACAUUUUCCAAGGAUAUAAAAGACAUGGUUAAAAGUGAACAAAACAAUUUAAAGACUUCACUGUUAAGGGAUUACGCGUCCAAAAUGAAGACGACGAAGGAAGGGUAUGACAAGAAAAUUUCGAGUAUAAUUACAAAUCUUCAAGCCAAAGAAGGAAAAGUUCAAGAAGAAAUGUCUAAAGUUUAUAAAAAUUUAACUACAUCAGAAGCAAACUUUAAUGAGAAAACGACAGAUUUGUUGAGCGAAUUUGAACAUAAACAGGAGAGCCUAAAAUUAGAAAUGUUAUCAGAGUACUCAGCCAAGCUUCAGGUAUCACAUGACACCAACAACAAACAAAUAAUUGAUCUUGCGAACAAUUUAAAAUCCCAGUUAGCAAAUUUAUCGAGAAAUAUCAAAGAUGAAUCGGUGGAAGUUAAAUCGUACUUGCAAACCCAAAAUAAAGAAUUGGACGAAUGGAAAACCAAAUUAAUGGAAACAAUCAAAGAUGCAUAUGCUCCUCUAAUGUUCAACAUGUUCAAGGACUGCAGCUAUAUGACAGAGAAACAACUGAAAAGUGGAGUUUAUACCAUAUACCCUAAUAUGGUCGAUGGAACUCAAGCCUACUGUGAUAUGACCAAUGACGGGGAAGGAUGGACUGUAAUUCAAAGAAGAAUAGAUGGGACAACAAACUUUAAUAGAACCUGGAACGAAUAUAAAGAAGGCUUUGGUGAUGUAGGAAAAGAAUACUGGCUUGGUAACAAAUAUUUGAACAUUCUGACAUCCAGUGGUAGAUACGAACUAAGAGUGGACUUGGUGGAUACUUCUAACGCAAAGACUUAUGCAGUUUAUUAGACGUUUGUUGUAGGUGAUGAAAAUUCAAAGUUCAAGUUAACUAUUGAUAAUUAUACAGGAACUGCAGGAGAUAAAAUGAAAUACAACAAUGGUAAAUACUUUACCACCAAGGACAGAGACAAUGAUAACAGCAGUGGAAAUUGUGCAAAAAAUCCUCGCUAUGGUCCCUGGUGGAUUGACAACUGCAGUUUUGUUGCCCUGAAUCUUGACUUGAAAAAGAACAAAAUAAGAUGGAAUAGUCACAAUUUCAUCAAAGCUGUAAUGAAGAUCAGAAAAAUCAACUAAGAGAAAUUUCUUUUAAUAAAUAGACACUAAAAGCGAGUUUUGUUAUGUUCAUUGUUUGAAAAGAGGGAACUGGAAGAGUUGAUAUGAGACAACAUUACCAA